AUGGACCCCGAGACCGGAAGAGCUGCGGCCUCCCCGAAGGUCCGUUCUUCUAUCCCUAAUGCCCCGUUCUUGCUCGCUUCCCAAAUUUGGUAAAAAGUAGCAGAAAUUCUUCCUUCCUGUGAGAUUUCGCACAGGAUCCUGAUAACCCUGGUGGAUCCAGGAGUCCUGGAAGACCAUCCUGCUGCUGGCAUACCAGAGCUUGGGCGUGGUAUAUGGGGACCUCAGCAUCUCCCCUCUCUAUGUCUACAAGAGCACCUUCGCCGAGGAUAUCACACAUUCGGAGACGAACGAAGAGAUCUUCGGGGUCCUCUCCUUCGUCUUCUGGACUCUGACCCUCAUUCCCCUCUGCAAGUACGUGUUCAUCGUCCUCAGAGCGGACGACAAUGGAGAGGGUGAGUCCAAACCGAAGUCAACGCCAACCCUAACCCUUUCUUCCCCCCAUGGUGGGCUGACCUUUGCGGGUUUCGCAGGGGGCACCUUCGUCCUGUAUUCUCUGAUCUGCCGCCACGCGAAUGUGAGCUUGCUGCCCAACCGGCAGCUCGCCGACGAGGAGGUCUCCACGUAUAAACUGGAGAGCCCUCCCGAGACCAGGCGCAAGCCCAAAGUCAAGGCUUUCCUGGAGAAGCACAAGAACCUGCACACCGUCCUUCUGAUCGUCGUCAUGCUCGGAACCUGCAUGGUGAUCGGCGACGGCGUCCUUACUCCGGCCAUCUCAGGUCUCCCUAAUUCUUACCCUCUUCACCUCGUUCUUAUAAAAAACAGUUAUUGGCGACCUCAAUUUCCUCUUUCUCCUUCUUCUUCUUCUUCUCUCUCGCUGGCUCUGUUCUUUGCAGUUUUCUCCGCGGUCUCAGGAUUGGAGCUUUCCAUGUCGAAAGGUCACCAUGAAUGUGAGCUCCUGAAGAUCUCUGAUUGCAUCCCCCUGCAUCUCCAAGGAUUACUCAUCUGAUGAUUGCCCGAUAUGGUUGCUGAGGGGAUUGAUUUAUUGAUGGCAGAUGCUGUGGUUCCCAUCACCUGCGUCGUCCUGGUUUGCCUGUUCGCGCUCCAACAUUAUGGGACGCACCGGGUGGGCUUCAUAUUCGCGCCGAUCGUGGUGGCGUGGCUCCUGUGCAUCAGCGCGCUGGGCAUCUACAACAUCGCCCACUGGAACCCGCAGGUCUACCAGGCGCUCUCCCCCUACUACAUGUACAAGUUCUUGAAGAAGACGAAGAAGAGUGGCUGGAUGUCGCUGGGGGGGAUCCUCCUCUGCAUGACGGGUAAUCGACCGAAGCCUCCCAAUUGACGUCCCCCCUUCCCAAGUUCUUGGAGGAGGAAGAAAAUUAAUGGCAUCCAGCUGAUACGAAAAUGGGCGUGUUGCAGGUUCAGAGGCGAUGUUUGCGGAUCUCGGGCACUUCUCAUACACGGCGAUUCAGGUGAAUUCUGCUAGAAAAUGUAAGCUUUUCGUUGGAAUUCAUGCUAACUUGAUUGAUGGGCUGCAGAUUGCUUUCACUUCUCUGGUUUACCCGGCACUGAUCUUGGCCUACAUGGGGCAAGCCGCUUACUUGUCGAAGCAUCAUCGGAUCUACUCCAGCUACCAGAUUGGGUUCUAUGUCUCCGUUCCAGGUGCUGGGUCCGCUCCGAUUAUCUCCAUUUUUUUUGUUUCUUGAUGCGUGGUAGUGAUGCUUGGAAUGACGAAACGGGUGGGAUGGGUCUGUGAGCAGAGAGCGUGAGGUGGCCGGUGCUGGCCAUCGCCAUUCUCGCCUCGGUGGUGGGCAGCCAGGCGAUCAUCAGCGGGACUUUCUCCAUCAUAAAUCAGAGCCAGUCGCUCAGCUGCUUCCCCCGGGUGAAGGUCGUCCACACCUCCGACAAGAUCCAUGGCCAGAUUUACAUCCCGGAGAUCAACUGGAUGCUGAUGCUCCUCUGCAUCGCCGUCGCCGUCGGCUUCAGGGACACCAAGCACCUAGGCAACGCCUCGGGUCGGGUCACCCCUCCUGAAUCUCCUCUCCAUUCACUAAAUCUCCUCUCCACUGAAGUUCCGAGUUAUGGUGGAACAGGGCUGGCGGUGAUCACGGUGAUGCUGGUGACGACGUGCCUGACGUCGCUGGUGAUGAUCCUCUGCUGGCACAAGCCGCCAUUGCUGGCGCUGGCCUUCCUCCUGUUCUUCGGCUCCAUCGAGGCGCUCUUCUUCUCGGCGUCGCUGAUCAAGUUCCGGGAAGGCGCGUGGCUGCCCAUCCUGCUCGCCCUCUUCCUCAUGACCGUCAUGUUUGUGUGGCACUACGCCACCAUCAAGAAGUACGAUUUCGACCUGCACAACAAGGUCUCCCUCGAGUGGCUGCUCGCUCUGGGGCCCUCUCUCGGCAUCGCCCGCGUGCCCGGCAUCGGCCUCGUAUACACCGACCUCAUCUCCGGCGUGCCCGCCAACUUCUCGCGCUUCGUCACCAAUCUGCCGGCCUUCCACCGGGUGCUCGUCUUCGUCUGCGUCAAAGCCGUGCCGGUGCCGCACGUCCCCGCCGGCGAGCGCUUCCUCGUGGGCCGCGUCGGCCCCGCCGCUCAUCGCUCCUACCGCUGCAUCGUCCGCUACGGCUACCGCGACGUGCACCAGGACGUGGACUCCUUCGAGUCCCAGCUCGUCGCCAGCCUCGCCGCCUUCAUCCGCAUCUACGCGCGCCGCAGCAGCGCCAGCAGCAGCGGCAGAGACGACGGCGGCGCUGCCGAGGGGGCUCUCGCGGUGGUGGGGAGCGGCCUGCGGAUCGACGAGAGCAUCCACGCCGCGAGCGUCUCGGUGGGCUUCUCCAGCGAGGGCGGAGGAGGAGCGAAGAGGGUGAGGUUCUUGCUGGAGGGGGAGGACAGCGGGGAGGAGAUGGACGGCGCCGGCGCGAGGGAGGAGCUGGAGGAGCUGGUGGCGGCGCGGGAGGCGGGGACGGCGUUCAUCCUCGGGCACUCCCAUGUGAAGGCGAAGCCCGGGUCGUCCCUGCUGAGGAAGGCCGCCAUCGACGUCGCCUACAACUUCCUCAGGAGGAACUGCCGUGGCCCCGACGUCGCUCUCCGCGUGCCGCCGGCGUCCCUCCUCGAGGUCGGCAUGGUGUACAUCGUCUAG